CGUCCUUCAAAUGUUCCUAAACACGAGAAACAUUUUAUCGAUUAUGAGUGCGGGAAUUCAUACUUACUGAUACACAUAUAUUCGUGAGUAAAAAUACAAGUGUGAGUGAGAGUGAGAUCACGGAUAAAACGUGUUAGUUGCAGUUGCUUACUAACCGAGAGGGAAGACAGUUCCAUUUAAAAAAAUUUCUGUUUGUUGUGUGAGGUUAUUUCCAAUUUUUCCAAAGAGAAAAAAUAACACAACGGAAUACAACUAUGUCAAAUGACAAAGAUAAAUUGUGGUGUAAAUCACGUCAAAAUGGAGUGGUUCAACCACUCCUUACAGAUCUUUAUCAAAUCACAAUGGCCUAUGCCUAUUGGAAGAGUGGUAAAAUGCAAGACUAUGGAGUCUUUGAUUUAUUUUUUCGAAAAAAUCCUUUUCACGGAGAAUUCACAGUUUCUGCCGGAUUGGAAGAAUGUCUUAAAUUUCUCGCAAGCUUUCAUUAUUCAGACAGUGAUAUUGACUAUUUGAGAACGACAAUGCCAGACUGUGUAGAGCCAGAGUUCUUUGAAUAUUUAAAAAAUCUUACUACUGAUGAAGUCAGUUUGUAUGCUAUCGAAGAAGGCUCUAUCGUUUUUCCAAGAGUACCACUGCUGAGAGUAGAGGGUCCAUUGAUAAUAAUUCAGUUGCUGGAAACAACUUUUUUAACUCUUGUCAACUAUGCAAGCUUGGUGGCAACAAACGCAGCUCGAUAUAGAAUGGUGGCUGGAAAAAAUAUAACUUUAAUGGAAUUUGGUCUAAGAAGGGCACAAGGACCAGACGGAGGACUCAGUGCUUCCAAAUAUAGUUAUAUUGGUGGUUUUGACGGUACAAGCAAUGUAUUGGCUGGAAAAUUAUUUGCAAUUCCCGUCUAUGGAACUCACGCUCAUGCAUAUAUUACAUCGUUUAAUGGCAAAGAUGAUUUGCACAAUAGAACACUCGCUCAUAAGGAGACAGGUCAAAUGAAAGAUUUAUUAGCAGCUUCGUGUAAAUAUCGCAAAAAUAUUGCCGCUGAUUUGGGAGCAUUGGAAUUGGAAGCAUCUGAUGGAGAACUGGCGGCUCUUGUCAGCUAUGCAAUUGCAUUUCCAGAUGGAUUUAUGGCCCUAGUUGAUACUUACGACGUUAAAAGCGUAGAGGCACCGUUCAAGAGAAAGGCGCAAAAUGAGAGCCUUGUCGUUAAGAAUAAACUUCUAAAUAAAGGGGCAAAUAAUAAGGCACUCCAAAACAGUGGGAGUAGUAACCCAAUCAAAAGUGAAUCGACAUCAUCUAACAAGAAUGGCUUUUUAAAACGAAGCGAAUUGGGUGAGCUUUAUGUGAGAAGUGGUCUUCUCAAUUUCUGCGCUGUAGCACUUGCAUUAAAUGAUUUGGGCUACAGGGCAAUUGGAAUCAGGAUCGACAGUGGUGAUCUUGCAUAUCUCAGUCAAGAAGCGAGGGAUUCUUUUGAAAAAAUUGCAGAAAAAUACAAUAUUCCCUGGUUUGCAAAACUGACAAUCGUCGCAUCAAAUGAUAUUAACGAAGAAACUAUAAUCAGUCUAAAUGAACAGAAUCACAAAAUAAACAGCUUUGGAAUUGGAACACAUUUAGUGACGUGCCAACGACAACCGGCUCUUGGUUGCGUCUAUAAAAUGGUGGAAAUUAAUAAAUUGCCGAGAAUAAAGCUCAGUCAGGAAGUUGAUAAGGUUACAAUGCCAGGCAGAAAGAAUGCUUUUCGUUUGUACGGCGCUGACGGGCACGCACUUGUGGAUUUACUUCAAAGGUAUGACGAGGAAUCGCCCCAGGUUGGGCAAAAAGUCCUCUGCAGACAUCCAUUUCAAGAGUCAAAGAGAGCGUAUGUCACUCCAACGAGAGUCGAGGUUCUGCACAGAUUGUACUGGAAAGACGGUAAGUUGUGUCGACCUCUGCCAACUUUACAAGAGACUCGUGAAAGAGUACAGGAAUCUUUGAAAACUCUACGCAGUGAUCAUAAACGGAAUUUAAAUCCAACUCCUUACAAAGUUGCUGUAAGUGAUAAACUGUAUCACUUCAUUCACGAUUUAUGGUUACAAAACGCGCCAAUUGGACAAUUAUCAUGAAGAGGAGGGAUUCGAAAAUUUGGCAAAGUGAAUAAUCAAAGUUUACUUUGACAGUGAAGAGGAAUAUCUUUAACAGUAAUUCAUUUACUGGUGUGCAAUAGAAUUUGGCAAAAAGGAAAAAAAAAUUUUUUUUAUUGCUGGGCUUGUCGAUAUUUGACAUCUUAUAAAAAAGCAUAUAUAUAUAUAUUUUUCUCCCGGCAUUCAAUAAAUCUUGAAAUUUUUUGCCAACUGUACUAUGCAAACAAAAAUUGAUUUUGCAUCUAUAUUGUUACUAAUUCUGCUAAAAAAAAAGAAGCAGAUCUUACACACUUAGUACAAAUGUCGUUACUAUGUAGGAAGUAAUAUAUUUCGUUAACGUCCCGUUUUGAAAGACGAUGACGUAAAGUUUUAUUGAAUCGUGAGCCAGAGGGGCCUUAAAAAAACACACAUACACACACAGCAAAGAAAAAACAAAUAAUCUUCAUAUUAUAAAUAAAAGACCAGUAAAUAGGUUCCUCAAGAAUUAGAAAAUAGUAAUAAAUGUUUCACUGUGAAAAAAAAUGAAAUUCGAGAGGAAAAAUCUUUUAAAUCUUUUAAAAUUGUUGUUAUCAAUGAAAAGAAAAAUUAUUUUCUAUUUCUUUUUUUUUUUUGAAGUACUCGAGACACGUGAAACAAAUUUUAAUGAGUAAGAUCAUGAUAUCAAAUUUAUUGUUCCUGAGGUGACAAAAUUAAGAAAUCUUUAACUUUUUUUUGUAUGUAUUACAAGUUUAGUUGUAUUAAUUUUUUUUUAUUUAAUAAUUUAGUUACAGAAGUUUAGAGUUUUUUUUUAAUCAAGUCUGAUAUAUUCAGAAAAUUAGUUCUUAUGCUUCUAUUUUACGUUUGCACAUUUCAAAUGUUCCUUAAUUUUCAUAGAAAAAUUUAAAUGUAAAUUUAAAUUUAAAUUUAAAUUUAUCUUUCAUCAAAGAUUUUCUAAUUUGUGUCCAUUUACAGCAUAUCGAAUUUGUAGGGGGAAAUAUUUGAGAAGUAAGCGAAUAAAUUUAUUGGAUUUUUCAAUUUUUAUUUUUAAUUUAUAUAUACAAAUUGAUAAAAAUUUUGUAUAAAGUUCUUUAAUGUGUAACAAAUAUUUCAAUAUAACAAAAUAAUUAUAUUUUUAUGCGUAACAAAAAGUUUUCCAAACAAUUUAUCAAAUUUCAUUCGUUUGCUUACUUCUCAAUUAAUUUCACCACUAAAAAAAGAAUACAAACUUGUGUAUAGAAAUUGUAUUUUGAACAAAGAAGAGCAUUUUGCUAUUAAAGCAAAAAUAUUGUGGUUAACGAAUAUGUAAAAUUAGAAUAUAGGAAUAAGACUUUUAAAAUUGAUUGACAAUUAAAA